AAAAUUAAACAUUUCUACAUUAACAACAAUGAGUACUGCUGGACAAGGCUCAAACCCUGUUUCUGUUCACAAACUUAUAAUGGUUGGAAGUGGGGGAGUUGGGAAAUCUGCUUUAACUUUGCAAUUUCUUUAUGAUGAGUUUGUGGAAGAAUAUGAACCUACUAAAGCCGAUUCCUAUAGAAAAAGGGUUGUUUUGGAUGGAGAAGAAUGUUCUUGUGAUGUUAUGGAUACUGCUGGACAAGAGGAUUACUCUGCUAUAAGAGACAAUUACUACAGAAGUGGAGAAGCCUUUGUUUGUGUUUUCUCUAUAACCGAUCCAGAUUCUUUUGAUCAAACAAUUGAAUUUCGAGAACAAAUCCUUCGUGUCAAAAACUUCGACACAACAAUUCCUAUUGUUUUGGUUGGAAAUAAAUCAGAUUUGGGUGAUACAGAAAGACGUGUGCCUAUUGAAUUGGCUCAACAACGCGCAGAACUUUGGAGUUGUCCUUAUGUUGAGACUUCGGCAAAAACACGUUCUAAUGUGGAUAAGGUUUUCUACGACUUAAUGAGAGAAUUAAAACGUAAAAAGCAAGGAACACUUACUGCUGAUGGGGCACACCCAAUUGAUCAAACAGAUGGAAAGAAGCGUGCAAAGCGUUCAUGGAAGGGAUGUAUGGUUCUUUAA